AUGCUAUUCACCUUCACACGCACAUUCCAUGCCUCGCGCACAGUGCUGCAUCUUCGACGACAUGCGUCCACCUCACUGCUCUCACCCAACCAUUCCAUCUACGUCUCAAGCUCCACCAAUCCCUACUUCAACUUGACUUUCGAAGACUGGCUGUUCCGGCACAAGUCUCCGGAGAAGCCCAUGCUGCUGCUCUACCGCGACGAUCCUUGCGUCGUCGUCGGACGGAACCAGAACCCGUGGAAGGAGGUGAACCUGCGCGCGGCCCACGAGGCCGGCAUCCCGUUCAUACGGCGGUUCAGCGGAGGGGGCACGGUGUACCACGACCUCGGCAACACGAACUUCUCGAUCCACCUCCCGCGCGCGACGUUCGACCGUCACGCGACCGCGCAGGUCGUGCUCCGCGCGGUACGCUCUCUCGGUGUGGACGCGACGGUGAACGACCGGAACGACAUAUGCGUGGGCAAGGACAAGAUACGUCUUAUUCUUUCCGUGACUCGCGCGGUUCUGCGUUCGGCUGACGGUCGUUUGGACAUUUACGUCUCGGGCUCGGCGUACAAGAUCGUGAAGGACCGAGCGUACCACCACGGGACGAUGCUCAUUUCUACGCGUCUGGACACUCUCGGGGAACUGUUGCGCUCUGGGAAGGACACGAUGGAGACUCGCGGCAUCGCUUCGGUGCGGUCGCCGGUGUGUAACCUGCAGCAGCACGGCGCACAAGUGAGCCACGAGGAGUUCGUGAACGCGGUGGUGAACGCGUUCCGGGAAGAGUAUGGGGUGGUGGAGAAGGUGCACGCCGUCGAUGAUACAGGUGGCGCUCAGAACAUUGAGUACAUUCGGAAGGGAAUGGCGGAAUUGAAGACUUGGGAUUGGGCCUUCGGUCAGACUCCAGAGUUCACGUACAAGAUUGAGAACACAUUCCCUUGGGGCACAGUGAAGGCGGAGUUCCUGUCGAAACAUGGCGUCAUUCUCUCUUGUGUGCUGUACCCGCCUGAGGGUGCAGAGGAAUCGGUGAAGUCGGGUCUUGCGCUAAUGUCGAUGGUGUUGGAGGGGCAGCGGUACGGCGCAGCAGAUGACAGACCGAGGUCUUUGGCGCGUGACAGCGAGGACUUGUGGGCAGUGUGGGAUUGGCUGAGGAAAGCAAUGGACAGCUAG